GCCGACACGUGUCUGCCUCGGCUGCGUGUGUUUUUGGACGCCUCACUGUUGGUGGCGUUGGUGCUAACAGCGUUCGCUCUUCGUCGCCGCGUCGGGGCCGCCAGCACUCCACCGAAACCCGACGAUCUCUACGACGACCACCUGAAUCGAACCUUCCGACGCAGCGUGGCUCUCACGGUGCUGGGCCUCCAAGUAUGGGGAAUCCUGGGACUCGCGCUGGGUCUCGCGUCCGAUUGUCCGGCACAGCACUGGCUUGUAGUGUUCUGCCUUGUAUUAUCUGCUGGAUGCAUGCUCGCGGGCGCCGGACUCAGUGCGAGGGAGGCGCUACUCACCAUCGACUGCGAU